AUGGCUCACUGGUUAUUAUCUCUGGUCAUUGCACUGACAUUCACAAGCUUCUUCACCGGUCUCUCAGCGCGUCGCCAUCUUCUCCAGUCAACACCACCAGCGACUCAGCCACCGGUUACAACGUUCCCACCACUUCCCAAAACCACAAUGCCACCGUUGCCUCCUUCUCUUCCUCAACCAACUCUUCCUCAGCCAACUCUUCCUCAGCCAACUCUUCCUCAACCAACUCUUCCUCAGCCCACGGCGUUUCCACCAUUACCGAGCACACAGAUGCCUACUUUGCCUAACCCAACACAGCCCAUUAACAUCCCAAACUUCCCGCAAAUCAACAUUCCUAAUUUCCCAAUUAACAUCCCAAACAACUUCCCAUUCAAUCUCCCCACCAGCAUCCCUACCAUCCCUUUCUUCACUCCACCACCUUCCAAAUGA